GGCUUCCCGGUCUCUUCGAUCCACCUUUGCCCGCUUCUGGGGCGCGACCGCGCGAAUUUCAAACUGCGCCAGGUGACGAGCUUGCUCUCCCAGUUUCCCAACAGGAAGUUCAUCUUGGUGGGCGACUCCGGUGAACGGGAUGCUGAGGUCUACGCGGAGAUUAUGCGAAAGCAUCCCUCACAAGUUCUCAAGGUCCUGAUCCGGGCCGUCAUGGCAGAGGAUGUGGAAAAUAUUGAAAAGGCCCGGGCCGCUUUUAAAGGCAUUGACGAGGCCAAGUGGCAG